AUGGGAGGGGGCGACGCGCCACGCGGCGGCACGCGCGGAGGCAAGGAUCAGUUCAAUUGGGAUGACGUCAAGGGCGACAAGGACCGGGAGUAUUACCUCGGCCACUCGCUCAAGGCGUCCGUCGGUCGGUGGCAGAAGGGCAAGGACAUCCUCUGGUACACGCGCGAGAAGGGGGACGGCGGCACCGGCGCCGCCGUGUCGGACGCGGAGCGCGCGCGCGCGGAGAUCGCCGCGAUCAAGGCUGCCGAGGAGCAGGCCAUGGCGGAGGCCCUGGGUCUCAAGCCCAGGACCGAGCAUCACGUCACCAGGGCGACGCUGGAGAAGCACGAGAUGGACGAGCUCCUGCGCAGGGGCGCGACGAAGGACGAGCGCACGGACGAGGUGGAGGCCGCGCGCGUGCGGGGACUCGGCGUGCAGGGCGUGCACGGAGGCGCGGGACGGGAGAUCAUGGAGGGCGUCGGGCUCAGCGACGACGACGACGACGACCGCGGGCGCGCGCAGGCGGUGGGGCAGAAGCGAUCGAGGGAGGAUGGCGAGGGCGGCCGCGUGCCCCUGCAGAUGACCGCCAAGGAGCUGAAGAAGGAGAAGAAACGGGCCAAGAAGGAGGCCAAGAAGGCCAAGAAGCGCUUAAAGAAAGAGGCGAAGAGGGCGAAGAAGGACGCGAAGCGCCGCGGGCGGUCGUCGUCGUCGUCCUCCUCCUCUUCCUCCUCGUAGGGUUCAACCAUUCAUUGAAAAACGAAACAAGAGUCGCAACGUAAACACAUCGCUCACCACGUCCUCUCCGCCUGGAGGUCCACCACCCUCUCGACGUCCUCGAUCGCCUCGCUCGUCGCCGCCCACUGAUCCGGCGACCCGCUCGUCAGGUCGCUAACCUCCGCGAGCGUCACCACCCCGCUCGUCACGCAGUCGCUCACGUCCAGACCGGUUCUACGAUAAAACGGAGUAGUCGCCGCGUACUUGUCCUUCCCGAGCGACGCCUCUUCCGCCUCCACCGCCGCCUCAACCCCCGGCGGCACCGCGCUCUCGCCGCUCCGGUAGCUCUCGCACGCGUGCACGAGCUCCGGGGUCGUGGUCGGAUCCCCGCUGCACAGCUGUCUGGACGCGCGUAACCAAUCCCGCGGCGCCACCAUCCCCGCGACGAUCGCGCCGCUCGCGUCCGUCGUCGAGUCUGGCGCUCCGGACGCCAAGACGAUGCCCUCGUCCCGCGCGAUGCCGUUCACGAAAUCCGCGAUGACCCUCGGCCACUCCGCGAGCGCCUCCUCGUGGGUGCUCGCCUCGUGAAACGUCGCACCCAGCGCCUGCGCCACGACGCGGCCGUUCUCCACCGGGUGCGCCGGCUCAUCCGCGCGGU